CCCGCCCGCCCGGGCACACGGCCGGCUCCCGGCGCCGGCAGCGCGGAGAUGGCGGCUAUGGCGGCAGCGGAGCCGAACCCCGAGGAGUUCGUGUACGGCGAGGAGGACUUCGUGCUGCAGGCGGCCGGCUGGGACGACCCGGACUCCGCGCCCUCCCGGUUCGACCGGGUGCUGCUGGCGGGCUGGAGCGACCGUAUGGAGCGGGGACUGUUCCGGUACCGGCUGGGACCGCUGCCCACCCGCGUCCUGCCCGGCGCCGUGCGCCUCGUGGCGCAGCUGAACGAGAAGCGCAGCGCGGAGCGCCGCCCGCCGCAGCCCGUCCGCAGCCUCCGGGAUCCCUUCGACCCCGGCGCCUUCAACUUCACCCGGCUGCGCCCCGCCGAGCUGCUGUUCCGCCUGCGCCGCAGCGGGGGCCCGGGGCCGCCCCCCGAGCCGCUGCUGGUGGCCAUCAACGCCAGCCCGCUGGAGCGGGGGCACGUCCUGCUGCUGCCGGAGCCGGCGCGGCGGCUGCCGCAGGCGCUGACGGCCCCGGCGCUGCGCGGGGCGCUGGAGGCGGCGCUGCUCAGCGCCCACCCCGGCUUCCGCGUGGGCUUCAACGGGCUGGGCGGCGGCGCCUCGGUCAACCACCUGCAUCUGCACGGGCUCUACCUGGCCCGCCCGCUGCCGCUGGAGGAGGCGCCGGCCGAGCCGCUGGGGCCGCGCCUGGGGCUGCUCCGCGCCGGACCGGCCCCCGCCUUCCUCUUCUUCGCCCCCGGCCCCGCGGCGCUGGAGCCGGUGUCGCGGGCCGUGUGCCGGGCGGCGGAGCACCUGGGCCGUGCCGGGCUGGCCUGCAACGUGCUGGCCACGCGGGGCGACCCGCCGGCGGGGCCCGGGGCCGGCGGCGGCCGCGGGCUGCGGGUGCUGCUGUGGGCGCGCCGGCCCCUCUUCGGCCCCAAGGCGGGCGAGCCCUUCGCCGUGGCGCUGUGCGAGCUGGCGGGGCUGCUGCCGCUGCCCGCCGAACCGCUCUACCGGGACAUCACCGAGGUGCAGGCCCUGAGCGCCAUCCGCCAGCACCUGCUGCCCGAGCCCGAGCUGCUGCACCUGGGCGGGGAGCUGGCGCGGCUGCUGGAGCGCUGAACCGGUGGCACGGGCAGCGGCCGGGACACUGAACCGGUGGCACGGACAGCGGCGGGGAUACUGAACCGGUCGCACGGACACCGGCCGGGACACUGAACCGGCGGCACGGACACCGGCCGGGGCGCUGAUGACACGGACACCGGCCGGGGCGCUGAGCCGGUGGCACGGACAGGGCCGGGCCGCUGCAGAGCUGGCCCGGGACCGGCAGGGGGCGC